AAGUGAAAGCUCAUGUCACAUAAUAUUUAUAUGUAAUAUCAAUUUAGACAAACCUCAACCAUGUAAAUCAACGGCAUUAAAUACUUCCAUUAAUAAACUGCAAACGGACCUCUUAGCUUGCACUAGGAAUCUGACGAAUUCUCAAGAGGAAAACAGAAAGUUCAGUUCUCAACUUCUGGACAAGGAUAGGAAAAUUAAUGAGAAGGAAGAACAACUAGAUAAAUGCCAAAAAAAUAAUUCAAACUCAGAGAUAUUGAAACGCACUAAAAUAAAUCUGCAAAAAGAUUUAUCUUCAUGUAAGGCGAGUGACACCCCAUGCAAAACGGAUUUUGAGAAAUUUAAAACUAAAUGCGCUCAGAAGGAUGAAACUAUUGAAUCUUCCAGAAAGAAUGCAGAAGAUAUCCAGAAACGGUUAAAUCAAUGUCAAUUAGAUUCAUGUAGCGAGAACGGCACCACCUGUUCUGAGAAAUUAGAGAAGAAAGAUAAAAUUAUGAGUUUUUUCCGAAAGAGUGCUGAAGAUACACAAAAUCAGUUAAAUGAAUGUGAAAAAAACGUAACAAACACUCAGAAACAACUGCAGGAUAUCACGAGCAAAUUAACAGAUUGCAAAAAUAGCAAAAACAACAAUGAAAAUAUUAAAGGAAAACAACAGAGAACUUCACAAACUACUCCCCCAAGCCGUCUGACAAAUCCUUGCCUUUCCUCAAAAGUUGGUCCCCAAAACAUACAUCUUGGCAAUAAUGAGCCUUUCCAAGUGCUUUGUGAAAAUAGUUGGAUGAUUAUUCAGCGACGUCUAAAUGGUAACGAGAAUUUUAAUAAAACUUGGAAAUCCUACGUAGAUGGAUUUGGAAGUUUGCAAGGAGAAUUUUUUCUUGGAUUGGAAAAGCUACACCUUAUCACUAAUUCACAAACCUAUCAGCUAUGCAUUAAGGUUGUAGAUUCCUCGAAUAUACAGUAUAACGCUUAUUACGAUUAUUUUGAAAUUGGAAACUCUUCUGCCUAUUACAAGUUAAAUAGCGUCGGAAACUUGAAAGGAAGCUCAUACAAUCCUAUGCGUAUAAGUGAGCAAAUGGUAUUUACAACUUACGACUUUAAUAACAACAUGCCUUACAAUUGCCCGAACACAUAUGGAGGCGGCUGGUGGUAUACUCAACAAUGUCAUGGAAUUAAUUUAAAUGGACCAUACCGAAGUUUCCUGUACUGGCCUACUAAAAAACAAAAGUAUAUUCGCUUUAAGAGAGUAGACAUGAAGAUUCGACCGAAAUAUUAAUAUUUUAACAAAAAAGGUAUUUAAUAAAUGUAACCUUAGUUAAAUAUGAUCAUCUGGUGUACUGAGCAGAAUCGGAAGCGACCAUAUAUGCGAAUUCAAAGUUAAACCUACGUUAAAUAUAUACAUACUUAUAAUUGUAUACAACAUUAUUGACUAUAUUCAGGGGUACCACAUAAUUCCGAACCAAUCAAGGCACAUGCAUUUUUGGUUGAUUGACGGUUGGUUUGAUUUCUGUGGAACCACUGAUUGAUAGAACGCAAUGAAUAAAGGAAUCUUUAAAUGUCCUCCACAAAUA